CAGUUUACCUUUGACUCCCGAGGAGACAGGUUGGCAGAUAGGACUUAAUAUUAUUAAAAUUAAAAUGCUGCGUUUUUUCGUGUUGGGGCUCGUCGCGGCCGCUUCGGCCAGCGUCGUCCAUGAAGGUGGCUGUCCAGACAUCAAACCUGUGGAGAAUUUUAACAUCUCAGCUUACGUAGGCACCUGGUAUGAAGUAUCAAAAACGCCCAACCUGAACGAACAGGGAGGGAAGUGUGGCCAAGCUGAGUACAAGCAAGAGGGGGAGACGGUCAAAGUGAAGAACUCCCAUGUGGUAGACGGAGUCCAGAAGUACGUCGAAGGUACAGCCAAAUUGGCUACGGAUGCAAACAAGAGUGCCAAGUUGGUGGUUUCUCUUAAAGUUGGUGAUCAGAGUCGUGAAACACCACUGAGCGUAGUCGCUACUGACUAUACCCACUAUGCUGUUGCGUACAGCUGCAAGUACGACGAUCAGACCAAGGCACACACAGACUCAGCAUGGAUCCUCUCCCGUAGCAAGGGCCUUGAAGGAGACGCCAAGAAAGCCGUGGACAACUUCCUCAAAGCCCACACCAAGGAGAUUGACUCCACCAAGCUGAUCGUGACAGACUUCACUGAAGAAGCGUGCAAGUUCACCAGCAGCAGCCCAGUUACUCAGGCGCAGGCGCAAAAGAAACAGUGACUAGAAAAGAGCAAGUUGAAGACAUGUUACUAGAAUAAGUUUUGGUUGGCAGUUUUUUUUAAAUAAAUACAAUUUUCUGAUCGAAA